AACAAAGAGUUGACGUUUCACCGCGUAGCAAGUGAAAGUGUCACGUCGGUGUAAUUUCUGUCAGGAAUAUUUUUGUUUCGCUAAAAAUUCUUAUUGACUGUCUAGUGAAACAUAUAGGUUAUUGCCGGGGAAAAUGGGUGUAAAACCUGCAAUUGGAAGAAAAUCUAACAAGAACCCACCUAUUUUCAGUCAUGAAUUCGUUAUUCAAAACCAUGCAGACAUUGUUUCAUGUGUGGUUAUGUUUUUCUUAGUCGGAUUGAUGGUCCAGGCGACAAGUCCCGUUGCGAGUUUGUUCAUCAGUCUUCAUCAUAAUGUCAGUGGCGUCGAGCCGACACGAGAACUGCCAAAGGGAGAGCCUUUCCUCUAUGAAGCAGGCUGGAAAGAUGGUUGUGCGGUGUUUUUCUACUCCCUCGUCUGUAUUGUCAUGCAUGCUAUCCUUCAGGAAUACUUUUUGGACAAAAUUUCGAAAAAAUUUCACCUUUCAAAGUCAAGGUUGAGUGCACUCAAUGAGUCUGGACAACUGAUUGUGUUCCACUUAGUGACUCUUUUCUGGGGAGGAGAUGCUAUUAUGCGUGAAGGCUUUGUGUUCAACAUUUCCAAACUUUGGGAUGCAUACCCCGACCACCCAAUGAGUUUCUUGCUGAAGCUGUGGUGGAUUGUCCAAGCUGCAUACUGGCUUCACACUAUCCCUGAACUCUACUUCCAAAGGAUUAAGAAGGAUGAGUGGGCUGGACGCACUCGAUCUGCUGCUAUCGCCUUUGCUUUUGUUGCUGUCGCAUAUGGAUUCAAGUUCCAACGUGUAGGAGUGUGCCUUGUGGUGCUCCACUCCCUGGCUGAAUUCGUCGCCCACAGUUACCGCCUCAACAAUAUCCUGAGGGGAGAGAGGGACGACUUCUUGGACAAAUUCGUGAGCCUGGUGAACGGCAGCGUGUUCGUGGCGGUGCGCCUGUGCUCGCUGGUGCUGGGCGUGCUGACGUUCUACUUCGGGCUGGCGGGCGUGGCGCCGCUACUACAGCGCGUGGCCGCGCUCUCCGUGCUCGUCACCUUCCAGGUGUACUUGAUGUACAACUUCAUCUCUGAGACAAUCAAGCAGAGGCAAGAGUCCCGCCAGCUGGCCCAGAGCAGGCCCAAGAAGGAAAAGAAGGAGAAACCCAAGAAAGAAAAAGUAAAGAAAGUCCCCACCGAGGAGUCAGACCUUCCCGAGGUGGACCAGAACACCAACAAGACCCUACGGCAGCGCCAGGCCACCAAAGCCAAGUGAAGCCGCGGCGCGCGCUAGUAUCCUAGGUUGUCUCCAUCCCGUACUGAGUCUUUCCACUACACUUCAUUUUCAUCCUCUUUCUUCAGUCUGUCUACAACUUCACCGUUAUCGUCUAAGCACAAAUACCUUCGUUCUCAGACUGUCCGACGGCAUUUAUAUUUUACGAUAUCGUAGUCUACCCUCAAAUGAAUGUUAAUGGAUAGAUUCAAACGUCUCUGUGUACAUGACAUAAUAUUAUUAACAAUAUUUAUCAUAGCGUAACAUAAUAUAACAUAGAUGUGGUGUCGAUAUCUUUUUAAUCAUACAUUCAUUUAGACUGCGUACUACUAUUGUCAUUAAAAGUAUAGUGGAUACAGGGUUGUAAAAAUAUCUCCUAAAAGUGUAAAAAUAAAAACUCUAGGUUUAAAUGUUGUUUAUAUGAAUAUAUUGAAUAAGGAUUAUGAAGUACUGUGUGUUCAUACACAUUAAAUGAUGAAAAUUCCAUUUUUAUUUUGCAUUUCGAUUUUAAAUCAAUAUGUUCUUCAUAAUGGAUUCCAAUAAAGAUAACGAUUUAAAUGAUUUUUAUUUUAUUUUUAUAUGGUUGCUAUAUUUUUAUCACAUAAAAUUUCUAUAUUUUUAACUCGAUACUUAGUUUUCUUAUGUGACAAUCUUUUGGUGCUCUUGAAUUUUAUUAUACUUACCUCAAUCGAAAUUAUCUUUGGUUUUUGAAUGGGGAUAGGCGUGUGUUGCGUGUAACAUCAUGAGAUGCGAUCUAAGUUUGUUGUUACAACCAAUACCUGUAAGAUGGUACACAAUGAAAUUAUACUUCCUAAUGUAAAAUUGUGCUCAUAAAUUAUUAUAUAAUUUUCGUGAGAUAUGUCAAUUUUAAAAGCUUGAUGUUAUUUUUAUUUCUAAAUAAAUUUUUUAAGAACAAA